GACACAUACCACGCACUCUCACACUGUAAUACUAUAAAAACCGAUGAGAUUCUGUGGCGAUUCACUCCAUAUAUUCAUACGGGCAGCAAGCAAUUAUGAAGGUUUUGUUACUUGUACUUGUUGCCGCCUUUGUUGGUGCCCAGGCCGAUUUCGUUCGCCUGAAUCUGGACAAUGAGAUUUCGGCUCUCGUGAGUGAAAUCAACUCACCACGUCAUAUUCGUGAUACUAACCCAAUUGCAAGGGCAACUCAGACUGUUCUUGGACAGCAGCUGGAGGAAAAACUGAAUGAUGUUACCGAUAAGAUAAACGAAGCCCUAGAGAAAACGCACCACGUCAGCAAGGCUCUCCUUGAACAGGCCCAAGAGCUGACUGAGCAGCUUAAGGCACUUGGUGGCAAGUACCUGGCCGAUGCCAAGGCCAUUUUGAGCAGUCUGAAAGAUAAGCUCUCUGGUUUCACUGGCUGGGUGGCCGGGAUUUUCGGCAAGCGUGAUCUCUUUGAAAACUUCGAGCAAGAACUCCUCGAUGAGACCGUCGCCCUGGUUCUAGCUGACCGUGGUGUUCUUGACUGGUGGGCGAAUUUGAAGGACUCUUUGUCUAAACUCCUAGGACGUUUUGGUUCCAAAUUCAGUGACCUUUCAGCUUUUGUGCAGCAGUACGCAGGAGACCUGUGGGGAAAAGUGCGGGGACACUUCGAUAACGUCAAACUUGUUGCACAAGAGUACCUUGAGCACGCUAAGAAUGCUAGCUUGGCCGUCACCGAAGAGGUUGUCGAGUUCUUGAGACCCUACAAACAGGAUCUUGGAAGCCUCUGGGGCCAAGUCGUGAAUGCCGCCAAUAACGUCAAACACAUCGCCCUGACAGGGACUACUCCACCCCCUGAACCAGGUACGCGCUUCCUCUAA